AUCCCUCUGGUGCAAUAUUCCCUCUACAUGUUACUUAAUAUCUGUUGUUUGGCUCCUGUCUCUCAGUCUAAAUAACAGGGAGUUUGAAGUCCCCAACGUGCCAACCAGCAGCGUGUGUGACGGGAAUAUGACAACAGGAACAACAAACAUCCAUCAGUACGAGCAGCAGACAUGGACUUCAGCGGCACCUGGGAAGUUUAUACUGAGGAAAACAUCGAGGAGCUAUUAAAAAUCAUGGGUGCUCCUGAAAUGAUUGUGAAAAUGAGAAAGGAUGUCAAACCGGUGUGGGUGAUCGAGCAGAAUGGAAAAGACUUCACCUACUCGAUGAAGACUCCCAUCUGCACCAACAUCCACUCGUUCACCAUCGGAAAGGAGUCCGAGAUCAUGGCUGUGAAUGGCAAGAAGUUUAAGUGCACCGUCAGAGAAGAGAACGGGAAGCUGAUCACUGAGGCUGAAAAGUUCACAGCUGUCCGAGAGAUCCAAGGAGAUGAAAUGGUCGAGACGAUCACUGCUGGCUCUGUAGUUGCCACGAGCAGAAGCAAACGAGUCGGAUGAACCUGCAGCUGAUGGAUCCUUCAGCUUUGAGCAGGGAGUUAUGUGGAAAUAACACAGUAGAAAAAACUAAAAAUAAACAUUUAUGAAUAAAUUUGAAUG